AUGCAUACUUGCCGUGAUUUCAUCAAUAAGGACAUUGCUAGAUGUGAAGAGGAGUCUAAGAAAUCAGCUGCUUCGACAUCUUCUGAGCAACUCAGUAUCGAAGAGUUGGAGCUACGCUUCAAGCUUCUUCGAGAAAAUAGUGAGUUGCAGAGAUUGCAUAAGCUCCUUGUGGGAGGUAAAGUCCUGACAGAUGAUGAAUUCUGGGAUACAAGAAAGGAAUUACUUUGUAACGAUUCCAUCAGAAAGUGGAAACAACAGGUUGGGCUCAAGAACGUGAUGAUUUCUGGAAUCAAACCAUCUACUGAUGGGCAGUUUUCUUCACUCUGGCUCUUUCAGACUAAUAAGGUGACAUUUAACUUAACCCCUGAGAUAAUCUUUCAGAUUUCUGCUGAGAAGCCAGCUGUUCGGCAAGCAUUCAGAAAUUAUGUACCGAGUAAGGACUCUCGUGAUUACUUUGAAUCUCAACAAGGAAACGUCCUCAAUGAGCCUAGAGGAGGAUCAGGGGCACCAAAGAGAAAUAUACAUGAAGCUUAUACGAUGCUAAAAAGGUCCAUUUCGGAGAUUACAACUACAGGAUUAAGCGAUCCAUUGAUUAAACCUGAAGUUGCCUUCGAGGAUGCACGGGAAUGGCAAGUGGCUCAUCAAGGGGCUAAGGAAAAUUGCAAAGCUCCGUCCAAGCCUCGCACACAAGGACCAGACCGUAACGUCUUACUCGGCGUGGAAUGCGGCUUCUUUGGAGAAUUACGAACCAGAGCAACACCACUUUGUAUCAGGGUUCCUCCUCGCACAGGUUCGUCGCCUCAGCACUCGUUGCUGAAGGUUUAG